GGGCACAUCACGUGCUGGGGAGGCCUCUGACGUGUAACGACGAUGAGAAUCACAUUAAUAAGAAGAGCAGCAGGGACCCAAGGCAGGCCCCCUGCCUAUUUCACAGAUGAGAACACUGAGGUUCGGAGGGGGCUUCAACCCCAUGAGUCAGCUGCCUCUCACCCUGUUACUGCCGUUUGUGCCCAGGACUUGCCGCUGGAGCAUCCCUCCACGAUAACAACGCCCUUCUCCCCUUGGGGCCACAUCUGUAAUUUGUAUAGAUCUGCCUUUUUUUUUAAGAACCUGUGGAAAUGAGCAGCAUCUGGCCCUUAGUCCUUUUGCAUUUCUCUGCAACCCCACCCCAUGCCCGUAUUACCCAGACAGAGACUCCCAGAAAUGCAAGGUCACUGGCGGCCAGCGAUCAUGCAAACAUUGACCAGCAGCCUCUGGGGGAGUCCCGGGAAGCGAACAUUCUUUCCAGAAGAUGACUCUGGUCCUUUGGCAAUACUGACCACGUGGACAGAAAAUGGGGGCGUUUCCUUCCCGGCCUGUGGCCGACCUCUGCGCACACCUCCACCUUCAGCUUUUCAGCCUCGCCCACACCGAACUGUGCAACCAUGAGAGUCAGCUCUUCGACAUCAGUUACAAAAUGCAAGCCACGGCUGUCCGAGUCUCCAGUCUUUGGAAACCUCUGAACCCUUGCCUCCUGCAGCAAGUUUCUUUUGUGCCUGAGGUGCUGUUUUUCAACCCUAACCUUCUGACCAGGAAUGAUACCACUUUCAAAAUAAGAUGCCAACAGGUAAUUUCUUUCAUGUUGAGUUUGAAAUGCCUACAGGACAUCCGAUUCAAAAUGUCCAUUAGGCAAUUGGUGAUAUGGGAUGGAGCUACAGGGAGAGAGGAAUGCUGGAAAUAUAGAUCUGGGAGUCAUCGGUGUAGAGAUCAUGAAGAGCCCUGUGGCCCCAGUCACAGGUCAUUUUGCCUGAAUGGGGGGAUUUGUUAUGUGAUACCCACAGUUCCCAGCCCAUUUUGUAGAUGUGUUGAGAAUUACACCGGAGCCCGGUGCGAAGAGGUUUUCCUCCCUAGUACCAAGACCCAGAGUGAGAAUGAACUGUUCGCCGCUUUCUUGACGGUAGCUCUGCUCCUGGGAGUGCUGACCCUCGGGGCCGUCUACUUCCUUUGCAGGAAAGGCCAGCUCCAGAGAGCUAGUUCUGCGCAGUAUGACGUGGGCCUGGUUGAGACCAGCAGCAUCGACAUCUACAACAAACAUGGUGAAAACUGAAGAAGCACCAGCCAAGUGAACCAAGAUAUCAUGUCCAGGCUGCAGGGGAAAUAAACAAAGCAACAGAAGGGGUUUUGUCGAAGCAGGUCCUGAGCCAAUCAGCAGGGCUUUAAAAGUAGAGCUGACUGCAUCUAGACUCCUGCUCCUCAAGUGUUUGUGGUCACAUGCAUCCAUCUGUAAAAAUGAGGCGGACCGCAAGGUUUAUUUUGGCCAAGGACGUCUGGUGGACACCAAAACCCACAGACUCACUUUGAUUCUUCUGGAAGUUUUCUGCAGCUUUCAUGCCUCCUUGCGCUCAGCAUUGGCCACAGCUUUCUGUGCUGGAUUUGUUUCGUUAUGCAUACUGGCCUCAAUCCAGCUUUCCAACUUCACUGCAUGUUCAAGCUGAAACUCAAGUGGGUUUAGGGGGUAGGAGGACUCCUACCUGUCAGUGACCUGGGUCCCAGCGGGCUUGGUCUUUUGGGGAGUGGAGUGGGGUUCCGUUUGUCUAGUAACAACUCACACUUCUUUAGCUCAUUAAGGUUGCCAAAUCACUUUACUGCAGCCCUUGGAAACAGGAUGUGCACAUAGCCCCAUUCAACAGAGAGACUUAUCCAAGGUCAUCCCACGGUACAUGGCAAAACCAGGACUCUUAAGAGUUCAGGGCUCUGCUUGCUACCUGACAGUGCUUUGGGUGCUGGCAUCAUGGGGGUCCUGUCAAUGAGGCUAUGGUGUAAACAAGUAAUGAAAAAGAUCAACCAAGCAGCCUCUGGGAAGAAAACCCACACAGAUCAGUCUUGAAGUAGCGAACAGGCCAACGGUAAGUAGUCCUGCAGAAGAAACUUUACUCCUGCAAGUGUUAUUCGGCUGUGUCCUCACUGGGCUUUCUUCACGUUCUCUAGCAAGGGUAAGGAUUCCAUUUUGGCUUCUGACUUGGAAAGCAGCCUCGGCUUGGGCUAAGCUCAGGCCGAGGUCUCUGGAAGGGACCUUGGAGACCUUCCAAAUCCACCUCAUUGGACAGCUGCGGCCAACGACGACAGUUCAUUCAUUCGCCAUCAUGGCCAGGUUCAAGAUGAGGCAGAGUGAAGGUGACCGGUCUGAGGUCACACAAAGCUGAUCCUUGGCCCGACUCCAAGGCUCUUGCCACCAUGUCUUAACAUGUAGACAAUCGUGAUAAGUGGUGUCUAUUUUUCGGCUGAGGAAGGACUGGUUAUCCCUUUAUUGGUCUUUCUUAUCUCCGCUGAGGGUGUUUUAGCAUUGCAGCCAGCCAGCCCAGCAAUGUUAUGUAACCUCUCGGGAUCAGGUGGACAAGUGUUCUCCAGAACACUCAUUUUCUUUUCAGCUGUUUCCUCCCGUCUUUGACAAUCCUUUCUACCUUGGGACAAGGUUGUAAAUAGACACAAUGUGAUCCCCUGAAGAGCCUGUUGGAAAGUAGCUGUAACAGCAGAAUUUAUGUCCCUUUGGGAGAUACCCCUAAACCUUUCAUAUACAUUGAUUUGUAUAAAUAAAAUGAUUGAUUGAA